UUGCCGAGUCACCGCCGGGCGGGGCCGCGGGCGGGGCGGGGCCGGGCGGGGCGGGCGCCGCAGCGGGGCCAGCCGGCAGCUCCUGCAUCCCGGCCGCCAGCAUCCUCCGCUCCGGGCCCCGCUCCCGCGGGCCCGGCCUCGGCGGGGCCAUGGCCGAGAUCACCAGUGUCCACCCCGGCUUCGAUGUGUCCCCCGUGGUGGCAGGACUCAUUGGAGCCACUGUGCUGGUGGUUUCUGUCUCAGUCACAGUCUUUGUGUGGACAUGCUGUCACCAGCAAGCAGAAAAGAAGCACAAAACCCCCCCCUACAAAUUCAUUCACAUGCUGAAAGGCAUCAGCAUCUACCCGGAGACCUUGAGCAACAAGAAGAAAAUCAACCGGAUCCGGAGAGACAAGAGCGGCACGGCCAAGGAGGGGGGCAGCGGGGGCAACCUGCUGCUGGAUGCUGCUGAGGCUGGCUUGGUGGGCCCCAACAAAGCUCCAGAUGGACCCCCCCAGGUCGACCAGCUCCCCAUCAAAGUCGAUUAUGGAGACGAACUCAGCCCAGAUCAAAGCCUCACUCCGGGAGGGAGUAAAACCUCCUCUCCCUCUUCCCCUGGUGACGACGUCACGCUGGGAGACCUGACCUUCUCAGUGGACUACAACUUCCCCAAAAAGGCCCUGGUGGUCACCAUCCAGGAGGCCCACGGGCUGCCCGUGAUGGAUGAGCACACCCAGAGCUCCGACCCCUACAUCAAGAUGACAAUUCUGCCCGACAAGCGGCACCGCGUCAAGACCCGCGUGCUGCGCAAGACCCUGGAGCCCGUGUUCGACGAGACCUUCACCUUCUAUGGCAUCCCCUACAGCCAGCUGCAGGACCUGGUGCUGCACUUCCUGGUGCUCAGCUUCGACCGCUUCUCCCGCGAUGACGUGAUCGGGGAGGUGAUGGUGCCCCUUGCCGGGGUGGACCCCAGCACUGGCAAGGUGCAGAUCACCAGGGAGAUCCUCAAAAGGAACAUCCAGAAGUGCAUCAGCAGAGGGGAGCUGCAGGUGUCCCUGUCCUACCAGCCCGUGGCACAGAGGAUGACCGUGGUGGUGCUGAAGGCCAGGCAUUUGCCAAAGAUGGACAUCACUGGCCUCUCAGGUAACCCCUACGUGAAGGUGAACAUCUACUACGGCCGCAAGCGCAUCGCCAAGAAGAAGACGCACGUGAAGAAGUGCACGCUGAACCCCGUGUUCAACGAGGCCUUCAGCUACGACAUCCCGGCCGAGCUGCUGCCCGAGCUCAGCGUGGAGUUCCUGGUCAUCAACCUGGAGCGCAGCACCAAGAACGAGCCCGUGGGCCGCCUGGUGCUGGGCCACCACAGCGCCAGCGCCGCGGGCAGCGAGCACUGGCAGCUCGUGUGCCGCAGCCCCGGGCGCGCCCUGGCCAAGUGGCACGGCCUGAGCGAGUGCUGAGGCGGGCCUGGCCCGGGACAGCCCGGCCGGCUGGGCACGGGCUGCGCCCCUGGCACCGAGAGCCUGCGGCACGGGAUUCCGGAGUUACUGGGAAUCGUUUCAAAUGUCGUCCUUAGGUGGUGUGGGGUUUGCAGGCUCUAAAAUUCCACAACACAAAAAUUAAUGAAUUAUUAGAAAUAAUUAAAAAAUGUCGUCUUUAGGUGACGUGGGGUUUGCAGGGCUCUUAAAAUUCCACAACACAAAAAUUAAGAGAUAAUUUUAAAAUGUCGUCUUUAGGUGAUGUGGUUUUUGCAGGGCACUAAAAUCCUACAACAACAAAAAUUAGUAAGUUACAAGAAAUAAUUUUUAAAAAUCGUCUUUAGGUGAUGUGGUUUUUGCAAGGCACUAAGAGUCUACAACAAAAAAAAUUAAUAAGAAAUAAUUUUUAAAUGUCGUCUUUAGCUGAUGUGGUUUUUGCAAGGCACUAAGAGUCUACAACAAAAAAAAAAAUAAUAGGAAAUAAUUUUAAAAAUGUCAUCUUUAGUUGAUGUGGUUUUUGCAGGGCUCUAAAAUUCCACAACACAAAAAUUAAUGAAUUAUUAGAAAUAAUUUAAAAAUGUUGUCUUUAGCUGAUGUGGUUCUUGCAGGGCACUAAGAGUCUACAACAAAAUUUUAAAAAUUAUAGGAAAAUUUUUUUUUAAAAAGCCGUCUUUAGCUGAUGUGGUUUUUGCAGGGCACUAAGAGUCACAACAAAAAAAAUUAAUAAGUUACGGGAAAUAAUUUUAAAAAGUUGUCUUUAGAUGAUGUGGUUUUUGCAGGGCACUAAAAUUCUACAACAACAAAAAUUAGUAAAUUAUAAGAAAUAAUUUUAAAAGUUGUCUUUAGGUGAUGUGGCUUUUGCAGGGCACUAAAAUUCUACAACAAAAAAAAAUCAGUGAUAAGAAAAACAAGAAAAAUAAUAAAAAGGUUCUCUUUAGUUGAUGUGGUUUUUGCAGGGCAUUAAAAUUCCACAACAAAAAAAUUAGUAAUAAAUGAUACGAAAGGAAUAAUUUUUAAAAAAAGGUUGUCUUUAGUUGAUAUAGUGGUUUUUGAAAUUCUACAAAAAAAAAAAAGAAUAAGUGAUAAGAAAGAAAUAAUAACAAAAUUUGUUCUCUUUAGGUGAUGUGGUUUUUGCAGGGCACUGAAAGUCUACAACAAAAAAAAAACUAAUAAAUUAUAAGAAAUCAUUUAAAAAAGUUGUCUUUAGGUGAUGUGGCUUUUGCAGGGCACUAAAAUCCUACAACAACAAAAAAAUUAAUAAGAAAUAAUUUUAAAAAGUCGCCUUUAGUUGGUGUGGUUUUUGCAGGGCACUAAAAUUCUACAACAAAAUUUAAAAAUUAUAAGAAAAAUCAUUUUAAAAAGUUGUCUUUAGGUGAUGUGGCUUUUGCAGGGCACUAAGAUUCUACAAGAACAACAACGAGAUGGGGAGCAAAUGAGAAGAAAUAAAUACCACAGAUAUACAUAGCUGUAAUCACGCUAUUGCAUGCCUACUCCAGACCUGGAGGAGUGUAACUAACUGCCAAUGUCACGCUGCAGAUUCCAUGGAUGAGUGAACCCUGUCCCUUUGGAAGUUGUGUUUGUGCCGAGCUGUCUUUGCUGGUCCCACGGCUGCCCGGCUCUGCUCCCGGCAGCUCUGGUUUCGUGUCUGGUUUUGCCUGCCCGUCGUUCUUGCACGUCUGUCCCGUGCUGCCUUGGGAGUCCCAGCCGCGUUUCCGUGUCCAGCUGGCCCAGGAUCUGCACUGGCACAAAAGGAAAAUGCAGGGAAGGUGGCACUGGCCUGCAGGGAGGAGCAGUCCUGGGCAGGCACCGAAGUCCUCGGCGUGGGGGUCACAAAUCCAGGCUUGGUCCCAGAUCCAAAGCCCAACAAACAGAUCCCGGUGCUUUCGCCACCUGGGGGUCACACCGGCUGUGGGAGCUGGGGGAAUCCUGCUCGCUUGCAUUUCAUUUCAUUUCGUUUAGGUUCAUUUAAUUUAAUUUACUCCUCUCUCUGCAUGGAGGGCUCAAAAAACCCCAAACACUGAGGUGUCAUUGAUUGGUAAGGAAACUUCAAACAUUACACAGCAAAUUCUGAUCAUUCCUGAAAAUUAAUUCCUGAUAAGUAAUUCCUGAUAAUUUACCCUAAUUUCUGACAAUUAAUUCCUGAUAAUUUCUGAUCAUUCCUGAUCAUUUUCUGAUGAUUUCUGAUAAUUAAUUCCUGAUAAUUUAUGCUAAUUUCUGACAAUUAAUUCCUGAAAAUUUCUGAUCAUUCCUGAUCAUUUUCUGAUGAUUUCAGAUAAUUAAUUCCUGAUAAUUCCUGAUAAUUUCUGACAAUUAAUUCCUAAUAAUUUAUGAUCAUUCCUGGUAAUUUUCUGAUAAUUCCUGAUAAUUAAUUCCUGAUAAUUCCUGAUAAUUUACGCUAAUUUCUCACAAUUAAUUCCUGAUAAUUUCUGAUCAUUCCUGAUCAUUUUCUGAUGAUUCCUGAUCAUUUCUGUUUAAUGGCAGCACAAAGCUGAGCUAGGCAAAGGUCCUGGAGGCAGAGCUUGUCCGUGCCAAGGUGACAAACUGCCCUUCAUCCAUGCUGGAGUCAAUUUGGUCAGAAAUGAUCCUGGAGUCACCCAAAACACAGGACAGCUCCCAAAACAGGGACUAAAAACGUGCCAGAGCUGGAGUUUGGGGCAGUCUGAAAUGCUGCCUGUGCUCACAGCCAGCCAGGGCACGGGUAAGGGGGGCAGCAGGUCGUUCAUGGUAACCAGUGCUGGUGAAUUGAGGAGGAUAAUUACAAUUAAAACUGUUCUGAGCUCUCCAGUGCAGAUGGAGAAGCAGAACUGGGGUUGCAGAGAGGCUCCUCAACAGCCCCAGGAAAAUCUUUGGUUGCUCCCAGGCCGCUCUGAGCCCUCUGGGAUGCAAACAGGAAUGCAAAUAACAGAUUAAAUCUUUUAAAAAUUAAGAUCGUUUAACUACUUAAAGGACUGGACUGCUGAAUUUUAGAUCCCUGUUGUUAAAAUGAUCCUUUUCAGCUUUUCUGCCCUGAAAUGGGAGUAACUGAGCCAGGCUCUCCUGGUCCCCAGGGCACUUUCCCAGCUGCCCCACUUUGGCAUCUCCUUUCUUUUUGGAAAGUUGAUUUUUCUCCCCCACAAAAUGAGUGAUUCUCCCUCCCAGGCUGGGGCUCCAUUUCCCAGCAGAACCAAACGUGGAUUUCCCCCUUCCCCAUCCCCACGGUGAGGAUUUCUGCCUGAGGUUGUAGAGGAUUUUAUCAGUGAGGUUGUGGUGAAUUUUAUCAGUGUCUUAAACUCUUUCUGGCUCAAACUCUGUGGCUCAGAGAAUGAGUUUCCCCCCUUUGGAAAUUGCUGUAAAUCUCUCUCAAUCCUGAUUUUUUUGCACUAAGCAAUUGUGUUGCUGCAAUUCAAGCAACUUUUCCUCAGCACAUGCUUUCCACCACCACUCCAAAGAUCUGACCAGGACCAACAGCAGCAACAAAAUCCCCUUCUCCCCUUGGUGUGAAAAGCAUGGUUAAGCCUAGAUGAUCUUAAGAUUCCUUUAGUUGCAAAGGAAAGAUGAAUUUCUUGUCAAGGAAACAUGCUCAGGGUAAAUAGAUUUAGGUUAUUGGGCAGGUAGGAGUAGCUCCAACACUCUUCUGGAAAAUAGGAAACUGAAAAUGUGCAGAUAUAUAUUUUUUAAAACAUAAAAUAGACAGUAAGUGACAGCAGACUCACUGUAAAAUCUCCCAGGUGUGGUUAUUCUUUACCUUGUGUCUUCUAUUGUAAAAUGAACUUGGACAGUUACAACUUUGUGUGGAAAAAAAUAAUAAUAAAAAAAGAAUAAAAGGCAAAAAAACCUAACUCAACCUGUGUGAAACUGCAUAAUGCUAUAAGCUAACCUACAUUCUGUAAUGCUACCUUGUAUGUUGAAUUUGUUAAUGCACAUUGAGCGUGCAAAUAAAAAUUAAAUCACUUUAA